GUGCGUGCGCGUCGACGAAACAAGGAUGGGGACAAAAGAAGAUUUCCCCACUUCCGUAACGCGCGACUUCCUCUCUCCCCUCUCUGACCCUCGCGCGCCUGAUUCAUUAUAUAUCCAUGCAAUCAUCCCGGCGCAAGUACUGUCGGUACGGCGAUUUCCGGGGGGGGGGGGACACGCAAUCGGUCGAGUUCGUGCCAUCAUACGUUUGUUUCUUGGCUGCUUGCGUCUCGUGAACAAUUAGUACUGGGUCGGUCCGGAAGAGAGGCUUUUUU